CGCCCCCGCUCCUCCAUCCCGCCAUGGCGUCCGCCGGCGGCCCGGACGCGGAGCGGCCGCACCCCAAGCCCUUCCUCAUCGGCGUCAGCGGCGGCACCGCCAGCGGCAAGUCCACAGUGUGCGAGAAGAUCAUGGAGCUGCUGGGGCAGAACGAGGUGGAGCAGCGGCAGCGCAAGGUGCUGAUCCUCAGCCAGGACAGCUUCUACAAGGUGCUGACGGCCGAGCAGCAGGCCAAGGCGCUGAAGGGACAGUACAACUUCGACCACCCGGAUGCCUUUGAUAACGAUUUGAUGCAUUCAACCCUGAAAAGCAUUGUUGAGGGCAAAACGGUUGAGGUACCAACGUACGACUUUGUGACACAUUCUAGGCUGGCAGAGACCACGGUGGUUUAUCCYGCUGACGUCGUCCUCUUCGAGGGGAUCCUGGUGUUCUACAAUCAGGACAUUCGGGACAUGUUCCACCUCCGGCUCUUUGUGGACACAGACUCCGAUGUCCGGCUGUCCCGCAGAGUUCUGCGAGAUAUGAAACGUGGAAGGGACCUUGAGCAGAUCCUCACCCAGUACACCACGUUUGUCAAGCCUGCCUUUGAGGAGUUCUGCUUGCCGACAAAGAAGUAUGCAGAUGUGAUCAUCCCCCGAGGAGUUGACAAUAUGGUUGCCAUAAACCUCAUCGUGCAGCACAUUCAGGACAUCCUGAACGGGGACAUCUGCAAGUGGCAGCGSGGGGCGAUGAACGGGCACGGCCGGACGUACAAGCGGCCGUUCCCCGAGCAGGCGGAGAGCGGCAGCGUCCUGGCRGCUGGGAAACGCUCCCAUCUGGAGUCCAGCAGCCGCCCACAUUAACCUGCCCUGUCCCAAGGCUCUGCCUCUGGUCCACACCAACACUGAAGACACCUUUGGGAAAGGACUUCUUCCACRGAAUGGUUGGUGAAGUGCCCUCUGAGCGUCCUAGCAGCGGAGGGGAUCCUGRUGGGAAUCUUCUCACAGAGGGAGAGGAAGGAGUCAGCCAUCCAUCCUUCUUCCCUCCAAACCCCUCUCUAUUCUYCCUAAGAUGUCUGGAGUUGUUACUUGAUGAACUGGUUAGAGGCACUGCUACUUGCCUUUUUUUUUGAUUUUCAAAAUGAGAUCUAAUGCUGAAGACUCCCCUGAAAAUUACGCACUACCAGAUGAUUAGCAAGAUACCGCAUUUCCGUGAUGAUGGUCAUCUGGAGCAGGAAAAUCAUCUGCCUCUUGGGGUUUUUUCUCUAUCCAAGACUAGCUCACAUGGUGUUAAUUUUAACAAGCAGGUACAGCUUUUUUUUUCUACCUUGUUGCACCUUGAGUUCUGGCCAGGCUCUGCUGCUGGUCAGCCUCCUUUUAGCCUGUGGGGCCAGAGGGACUGACCUGUAGAUAGAGAUGAGACAGAGAUUGUCUGGGACAGAUGGGAACCUGUAGUUCACCAGGGAACAGGCCCAAGAAGUUUAGUGGUUCUAAUUCCUAAUUUAUUCUUUUCUAAGCUCCUGAAUCUUGCUACACUGUUAUGAUUUUUUUUUUUUUUUUGGACCCAGGUAGUGUGCUUUACCACAUUUACUGAAUGUGUGAGCUCCAACUGGAUUGAGUUGCUCAUGGAAACAGAAACCUGACCUUGUCAGUAUUAAUGUCUUUUAGUGCAUUUCUGUACUGCUGGUUGCAAAUUCUGCUGGGCAGAAUCCGUCCGCUUCCAGAGAAGGCUGGUCAGGUCAGCAAGGGGGGAAAUGGGAAUUGCAGGACCCUCCUGCUGCUAACACAAGCAGCUGCCUGGACAUGUUCUACCCUCAGACAGGGUGAGAGCGCUUGCCUUGCACUCCAGCAGCUUCAACUCAAGAAUGUCUGGCUUUCUAAAAAAAGCAGACAAGAAGUACAAACAGUGACAUCCCAGUUUCUGUAGUUUACCCCAGAUAAGUGAUACUGCAGCAGCAUGAAGUGUCUG